AAAGAAAUGAAGUAGAAUGGUCAAACAUUGGCGAUAGCACAGGUCAAUGGUUGAUAAACCCCCCCUCUCUCUUUCUCUUUCUCUCUUGCUGGGUCUUCGAAUUCUGUAAGGGAGCUUCCUGGGUCUGAUCCAAAAAGCUGAAUUUUCUCGAAGAAUUCUCGUCUCUGCUGUUUCUGUGGUUUCUUUCCAAGCUUGGCUUAGAAAUAAAUGGCGCAACGAUCUCGUGUGCCAAAAUUUGGCAAUUGGGAAAAUGAAGAUGUUCCUUAUACAGCCUUCUUUGACAAGGCCCGGCAAGAUCGAACUGGCCCAAGGAUGACAAAUCCAAAUGAUCCUGAGGAAAAUCCUGAUUUAGUCCGUCAUAAUUCAUCUUCUGCUGACCAACAUCCUUCAAAACCCAGAGCUGAUUUGAAGGAAUCAGCUGGAAAGAGAUCAGCAAAAUCAUCACUUGAUAUACAGAGGAGCAUGGAUAGUAAUCCAAAUAAUUCCUUUGGCUCUCCAGCUCGUUCUGGAGGCCAUGGAGGAGGAUCUGCUGAUACCCGUAGAAAACCAACAAGACAAAGUGCUGGGUCUGAAUACAGCUUUGAACGCUCACCCCUUCAUCGACAUGCAAGGACCCCAGGCAGAGAUAGUCCCUCUUGGGAAGGAAGGAACUCCUACGAGAAUAGCCAUGGUACCCCAGGAAGAUCCCGACUAAGACCGGUUAACCGCGAUGAAAAUCCGGAUAAAGGUGCUGCCGUUCCUAAGUUUGGUGAUUGGGAUGAGAGUAAUCCAGCAUCAGCUGAUGGAUAUACACACAUUUUCAACAAGGUGCGAGAGGAGAGACAAGGUGGGGCUGGAAAUGCGCCAGGCACCCCACCAAACAGACCAUAUGUUGUCCGGAAUAAAGUUGAUGACGACAGAGUCCAGAGUUGCUGCUUUGGAUGGUGCAAAAAAUGAUUUCUUGGCAAAGCGUGGAUGAGAUUCUAAACAGAUAAACAAUUUAACAAUGUUGUUGUGAAUGAUCAUGAGGUGUGUGUAGCACUUGUAAAUAUCCAAGGCUAUCACCGCGGAAAACAUUAUUAAAGAGAGUUCAGUUUCUCUUCAGGGGCGUUCUGUACUAUAAUCUCCGGGUGCAUGCAAAGUACUAGCACUUUGCGGACCUUUGUGUGUGGCCCUUAACAAACCAUAGAGGCUCAAACUUUAAGGGCUGUUUUCACAAGUUCUACGUUAAAUUCUAGUACUUCUGAGUGCACCUGGUCAAGAUAGGACUGAAGCACCUGGAGAGAAGCUAAACAUAGUGUAUUUGAUCAUAUUUCUUUACUAUUAUAUGCUUUUUUACAUACUUUUUCUUUUCCAUUUGGUCAGCGAAGUUACUUUGAGCCUAAGAUUGUGAAUGUUCUUUCUUUCAAGUUUUUAACUUUUCACCCUUUCUUGUGU